AUAUAUUCUAACAAUAAGCACGAGUCUGUUUAAUCAGUCACGUGACCUAUACGUACGACACACUGGUGAGAGUUGUCUGUUCCAUGUCUGGUCUAAUCAGAUUGAUCACACUGUUUUGAUGGACGUUAAGCGGCAUGCACACAGUGGGUAGCACCAGGUAGCACAUGGCAGCGGUAAGAGUGGCAAGCCAAUAAUAAGAGAAGCACGCAACGACAUGUCCUUCCUACGCGGCUCCGCCAACUACGUUUGGUGCACCACCAGCGUGCUUGGCAAGGGUGCGACCGGCGCGGUGUUCCAAGGUGUCAACAAGAACAACGGGGAACCCGUGGCGGUGAAGACCUUCAAUCAGCUGAGCCACAUGCGGCCACACGACGUGCAGGUGAGGGAGUUUGAGGUCCUGAAGAAGGUCAAGCAUGAGAACAUCGUCAAGCUGUUAGCGAUAGAAGAAGAACAGGAUGGCCGUGGCAAGGUGAUCGUGAUGGAGCUCUGCACCGGCGGCAGCCUCUUCAACAUCCUCGACGAUCCCGAGAACACGUACGGUCUCGCGGAGAGCGAGUUCUUCCUGGUGUUGGAGCACCUGUCAGCUGGUAUGAAGCACCUGCGCGACAAUAAUCUAGUUCACAGAGACCUGAAGCCAGGUAACAUAAUGAAAUUCAUCGCCGACGAUGGCAGUACGAUAUACAAGCUUACUGACUUCGGGGCUGCUCGGGAACUGCAAGAGGAUCAGCAAUUUGUGUCUCUGUAUGGCACCGAGGAGUAUCUGCAUCCCGACAUGUACGAGCGCGCGGUCCUGAGGAAACCAGUUGGUAAAACGUUUGGCGCAACUGUUGAUUUGUGGUCCAUUGGUGUGACGCUCUAUCAUGUCGCAACGGGAAACUUGCCGUUUAGGCCGUUUGGUGGGCGAAGGAACAAGGAGACCAUGUUCUACAUCACCACGAAGAAAGCGUCGGGCGUGAUAUCCGGCUUGCAGACGUCGGAGAACGGGCCGAUUGAGUGGAGCAGAGAGUUACCGCAGACGUGCCAGUUGAGCGUGGGCUUGAAAAAGAUAGUGACUCCGUUACUGGCCGGUUUGUUGGAGGUGGAUCCGCAAAGAAUCUGGAACUUCGAUCGCUUUUUCAGUGAAGUCACAGACACGCUUUGCAGGAAGCCUGUUCAUAUAUUCAACGUUCACAAGGCCAGCCUGAUCAAGGUCUUUUUACAUCCGGAAGAGAAGCUGGUUGCUCUGCAGAUACACAUUCAAGACCAAACUGAGAUUAUGCCGCAUGCGCAGAUCCUGCUUCUCGGGGAGUCUCCUCUCACGAAUCUCGUCGAGGAAUCUACGCCAGGCAGAGGGUACCCCAGUACCAGCAACGACAAGCCGUUGAUGCUGUUCUCGCGUGAGAACAACAACGUCGUGCUGCCGAUGGAAUCCGAGCUGCCCAAGUUCCCCGUCUUCGCGAAUCUCGUUUCCGUGGAGAACGACGCGAGCCAAGCCAAGGUCGCGUGUUCCGUGGGACACGUCUGUAAACGUAGAAUCGAUAAAUUAGCAUUGUGCAGCAAACUGUCGCGGGAUGCCAUAGAAGCAUUUAGCGGCCUGCUAUCUACGGAACUUACUCGGGUACUGGACAAGUGUCAGCACUUGAAAGAAUUUACGAAAUCCGUGGAGGACACCGUGCUAGCGGUAGAGAGAAGCGAGACUUUUGCCAGGCACGUCUUUCGGAAAUUCGGCGGUCAGACCGCUGUGGACGUGAAAAAUUGGCGGAAAGAAUUGGACAUGAAGAGUAAAGAGCUUACCACCGAAUUGAAUCCAGCGAUAGUGCAACUUCAUCAAAGGUAUGUAAAAGAGGGAAGCUUACGGGGUGAAUGGGACAAUAGUACUCGCGGUUUGUGGUGUCCGUGGGCUACGAAAGCGAGUCAAAGGGCAGCGACAUUGGUUGAUCGUUUGAGGGAUGGGUGGCAACAUUUGCUGAGAGACAGGGCAACCCGUAGUCUCACUUACAACGAUGAGCAGUUCCACGUUCUUGAACGUAUAAAGGUCACGGAAACGGGACGACGAUUGAAGGCACUUCUCGAGACGGAAUGUGCACCGGCGAUGACGCAGCGAUCCGAGUGCGUCGCCGAUUGGUACAAAAUGGCACAAACGGUGUUCCUGCAAACUCAGAUAUUAGAUAAGGACAUAGACAGCUACGAGCACGUCUUGGAAUCAUUCUCCUACCGUUUGUCGCAAGAGAGCAAGGAGCGUAACGAGAAUCUUUUGCACUCACUGGACAGGCUUCCAGGAAAAUCGAAAACGGUCGAGAAGACGAACGUGCCGGCGCAGGAAAGCACGAAGAAGUGGCGCAAUAUCUGCGACGCUCAAGAGCAAAUUACGGUACUUCUGUAUGAAAACGGCCUGCUUGUAGAUCAAAUUGAUCAUUUGUCAGCGAUCGAUAGAUUGGAGGAUGCAGGAAAUACGGGAUAUGAGCUUUAAUGCGGGCAAUUUUGUCACUUCUCUAGCAAAUUGUUUUUUGACGACACAAGAUAAAGACUGAAAAUUAGAUUAUGUUACAUUAGACAUGCAAUAUACCUAUAUGGAUAUUAGUGUAUAAUUUACUAAGGUAAAUGUAAAUGAGGUAUAAUUCGUCUUUUACUCUCUUGACUAAAUAAAUAUUUUAAGAU